AUUUGUUUCUCUUUUCUACUUCUUCUUCUUCUUUUUUAUUUUUAAUUUAUCAAAUCGUUAUAAUAUAUAAAUUGUUGAAUUCGUUCUUUCGAAUUAAAAUGAGAGAUAGUGUUUGAUAAAGGUUAAGAGGCGUUUAUAAUAAGGGUGGGUGGGAGUUUGUCUCGGGUUCGAUAAAAUUCAGAUAGUUCGACAAAUUUUCUAUCAUAUUUUGACGAAUUCACCGUGUCACGGAUGCUGCUGUUACUGUUGCUGCUGUUGUUGCUGCAACUAUUACAAAGGAACAUACGUCAUUUAUGAGAAUGAUUCCUUUUCGUAUCGGAUUACGAAAUCGCGUGUGUACUUUAAGGACCGUGAUCUUGAACGUGUGCGAGUUGUCUUUGAUAUUCGCGUUGUGACAAGCCGCUUACGGGAAGUAUCCUUUUUCACGUGGAAAUCUGAUCUCGUUGGUGUAUACGCUGACAGUGACUACUACUACUACUACUACUACUAAACUACUACUCCUAUUAUUAUUAAUACUAUUGCUGUUGUUGCUGUUGUUGCUGUUGGUUAUUUUCAUUCUUGACAUUCGCGAGCAAACAGCCUGCAGCAAUACCGAAAGUGAAUAUGUCGAGGUACAAAGAUCUCAACAAGAGAUGACAUUCUUCCCUGUGUUAUAACAUUUAUGGUCAGGUCGUCGACCAUCGGCAGAAUGCUGCCGCGUGGACUGCCAUUAACGUUUCUUCUUGUGCAAUUGUUUCAUCAUAUCGCUUGGGCUGCGUUGGAGAACACAAGAAUGUUUGACAAACUGGAAAAUGUCACGCAAACCAUAUCGAGAAUACUCGACGGCUAUGACAUUCGAUUGAGGCCAAAUUUUGGCGGAGAACCAUUGUUAGUUGGUAUGGAUUUAACUAUAGCGAGUUUCGAUGCUAUUUCCGAAGUCAACAUGGAUUACACUAUAACAAUGUAUUUAAAUCAAUAUUGGAAAGACGAGAGACUGGCAUUUUCGCAAGAGGAAGAAAUUUUGACCCUAAGCGGUGAUUUUGCUGAAAAAAUUUGGGUCCCGGAUACUUUUUUCGCAAACGAUAAAAACAGUUUUUUGCAUGACGUAACAGAACGCAACAAACUCGUCAGACUGUCCGGCGACGGUUCCAUCACUUAUGGCAUGAGAUUCACUACGACCUUGGCCUGCAUGAUGGAUCUGCAUUACUAUCCUCUCGAUUCGCAGAAUUGCACCGUAGAGAUCGAGAGCUACGGUUACACGGUACUCGAUGUAGUAAUGUAUUGGAAGGAAACUCCAGUUCGUGGAGUCGAGGAAGCAGAAUUACCACAAUUUACGAUAAUCGGUUACGAAACAAACGACCGGAAGGAAAAAUUGGCUACCGGUAUUUAUCAGAGGUUAUCAUUAAGUUUCAAACUCCAACGGAAUAUCGGUUACUUCGUCUUCCAGACCUAUCUUCCGAGCAUACUCAUCGUAAUGCUCAGUUGGGUCAGCUUUUGGAUCAAUCACGAAGCUACCAGCGCGAGAGUGGCCUUGGGUAUCACGACCGUUUUAACGAUGACCACGAUUUCAACCGGUGUUAGAAGUUCCUUGCCACGAAUAAGUUACGUCAAAGCUAUCGACAUAUAUCUGGUAAUGUGUUUCGUAUUCGUUUUUGCCGCUUUGUUAGAGUACGCAGCAGUUAAUUACACUUAUUGGGGUGCAAGGGCCAAAAAAAAAAGCAAAAAGAAGGACAACGAGGAACAGAAAGUUAUUACUUCGAAAACUGGAAGCAAAGCUACCUCACCUUUUCCUGGUUCAACCGAUGCCGAUAUUAUCGAGCUUCAGGAUUUAAGAAUGUCGCCAUUGCCAAGUAUUAGAAAUAGAUCAGGUUUGAUCAGUACUUCCUCGACACCUGGCCUUGGAAGGAAUCACGAUCCAGCCAAAUUUCCACCAAGUUUUCGUAUAUCAAGAACUGUUGCCUAUAACAUGCAUGGUAGAAACACCGGACUCAGAUACAGAGGUCCAAAACAAAAUAAACCUAAGGUAUUACACGCAAUUCGUAGAGGUGCAUCAGUUUUGCGCGUGUCCAUGCCAAAAAUCAAAGACGUUAACGUGAUCGACAAGUACUCGAGAAUCAUAUUUCCUGUCAGUUUCAUGCUAUUCAACGCGGUAUACUGGAUCUUUUAUUUUGUAUGAAAGAUAUAAAGAAACCCGUUUAAAACGAAGAAGAAAAAAAAAAAAGGAAAAUCAAAUAGAAUAAUUACGAUCUCGCGUGUAUGUAUUUCACAUUCAUCACAGAGAGAGAGAGAGAGAGAAAAAAAUAGAGAGAGAGAAAGAAAUACGUUUUAUGCGUUUAUAUUGGAUUCGUUAUGAGAAAUACAGAUAUGAUGAUUGACUUUGAUUUAUAAGAGAAAUAAUAUACAUCAGGAUCGAUUAAUCGAUCCACUUUUCGUCCUGCAACUAGCAACUACUAUGACAACAACAAUAAUAAUAAAAAUAAUCAAAUAAAAAGGAAAGAAAAAUAAGAAGAAUUAUCGAAAUAUAUUUACGAACAUUCGAGUGUCCUCAAUCGAAAGCUGCCAUAAUUACUUAUCAAGUUACGUAAGUGGUGUUUUAAAGAACUUUAAUCGCAAAUUCGAAUACACCGUAUAUGUAUAUUAGUCGAAUUAUAAAAUCAAACAAAAAAAAAAAUGAUUCUUCGAAAAA